AUGGGAGCGGCGGCGGAUGCAGAGUGGCUGCGCUGGGUGAGCAAAAAAUUUGGGAAUGUCGCUGGGAAGGAGAAGGAAAUCAGCCUGGAAGAGUUCAAAUCCGCCCUGAAGGUCAAGGAGUCCUUCUUUGCCGAGAGGUUUUUCGCGCUCUUCGAUUCCGACGGGAGCGGCUCCCUGAGCCGGGAGGAGCUGCUGGGAUCCCUGCACCGGCUGCUCCGCGGGAAUUCCACGGAAAAGCUCCGCUUCCUCUUCCAGGUGUACGACGUGGACGGGAGCGGCUCCAUCGAUGCCGAGGAGCUGCGGGUGGUGCUCCGGGGGUGUCUCCGGGAGAGCUCCCUGGCCCUGCCUGAGGAGCGGCUCGGGGCCCUGAGCCAGGCCCUGCUCCAGGCCCUGGACCGGGACCACAGCGGCUCCAUCACCUUCCCGGAGCUCCGGGAGCAGCUGGAAGCGUUCCCAGAACUCCUGGAGAACCUGAGCAUCAGCGCUGCCAGCUGGCUGAAGCCCCCAGUCCUGCUGAGCCCUGGCUGUGCUGCUCGGGCCGGGAUGUGCUGCUGUUCCCGGGAAUCCCGUGGGGACCAGCGGGCCCGGCUGUGCUGCCUGGGGGGCUGGGUCGCCACCACGGCGCUCCUGCUCGCCCUGGGGGCUCUGUGGCACCGGGAGCGCGGCCCCGCCCUGGCGCUGGCCCGGGGCUGCGGGCAGAGCCUCAACCUCAACUGCGCCCUGCUGGCCGCGCUGAUGCUGCGGCGCUCUCUGACCUGGCUGCGCUCCACGCCGCUGGCGGAGCUGUUCCCGCUGGAGCUGCACGUGCGGGGCCACGAGCGCGUGGGACACCUGGUGCUGGCCCUGGGGACCGCGCACGCGGGGGCACACCUGGCACAGGCGGGGCUGGCACGGCGGGACUGGCUCCUGGCCCUGCGCGAGUACGUGCGGCGGGCGCGGCCGGGCGUGGGCGGCGUUGGUGGCACUGCCCCGCAGACCGGGCUGGCGCUGCUGGCGCUGCUCCUGGCCAUGCUCGCCUGCUCCCUCCCCUGCGUGCGCCGCGGCGGCCACUUCGAGGUUUUUUACUGGAGCCACCUCUCCUACAUCCCCGUGUGGCUCCUGCUGCUCCUGCACGGUCCCCACUUCUGGAAGUGGUUCCUGAUUCCUGGCUCCCUCUUUGUGCUGGAGAAGAUUCUGGGCUGGGCGUGGCGCCAGGCGGAAGAUCUGCACAUCCUGGAGGCCAAGCUGCUGCCCUCCAAGGUGACCCACCUGGUGAUCCAGAGGCCGAAAUCCUUCCGCUUCCAGCCGGGGGAUUACGUCUACCUGAACAUCCCGGCCAUCGCCGCCUACGAGUGGCACCCCUUCUCCAUCAGCAGCGCCCCGGAGCAGCCAGAAACCCUCUGGCUGCACAUCCGGGCGAGGGGCCAAUGGACCACCAAGCUCUAUGAGUACUUCCAGCAGCUGGAAUUGCACGGCCCAGAGCUGAAUCCGCCCGGGAAGAGCUGCAGGGAGCGGAGGAGCCGGCACUGGGAACAGGCAGGAUCCGUGGCCUCCGGCAGGGAUGGAGCCGUGGAGCUGACAGCAUUCCGAGCCUCCGGAGCUGCUUUCCCAGAAAAGGACCUGGAGCAGGGGGGCACCGGGCCUGGGGAGAGCCAGCGGAGCUGCAGUGUCAAGUGCUUCCUGGAUGGCCCCUACGGAACCCCGAGCCGGCGGAUCUUCACCUCGGAGCACGCCGUUCUCAUCGGGGCCGGCAUCGGGAUCACCCCCUUCGCCUCCAUCCUGCAGAGCAUCAUGAUCCGGUACCGGCGUCGGAAGCAGAGCUGCCCCAGCUGCCAUUUCUCCUGGAGCGAGGAACGGCGGGAUGAGGAGAUGACACUCCGGAAGGUGGAUUUCAUCUGGAUCACACGGGACCAGCAGCACCUGCAGUGGUUCCUGGGCCUCCUGGCCAAGCUGGAGGCGGAGCAGGCGGAGCUGGAGCCGGGAGGGAAGUUCCUGGAGCUGCACCUGUACAUGACCUCGGCGCUGGGCAAGGGGGACGUGAAGGCGCUGGGGCUGCAGCUGGCCCUGGACCUGCUGGCGGCCCGGGAGCAGCGCGACUCCAUCUCCGGGCUCCGCAGCCGCACCCGGCCCGGCCGCCCCAACUGGGACCAGGUGCUGGGGCGGGUGGCGGCGGAGCGGCGCGGGCGCGUGGCCGUGUUCCUGUGCGGCUCCGCGGCGCUGGCCCGCGCCCUCCGCCCGCGCUGCCGCCGCUUCCGCUUCCGCUUCCACCGAGAGAACUUCUGA